AUGCGGUUCGAUCUGGAUGGCCUGACGGUGCACUUCCCGUACGCGGCGAUCUACCCGGAGCAGCACGCGUACAUGGGUGAGCUGAAGCGCGCCCUGGACGCGCGCGGCCACGCGCUGCUGGAGAUGCCGACGGGCACGGGCAAGACGGCGGCGCUCAUCUCCCUCAUCACCUCCUACUCCCUCGCCAACCCCUCCCGCCCGCUCCGCCUCCUCUACUGCACCCGCACCGUCCACGAGAUGGAGAAGACCCUCUCCGAGCUCCGCCUCCUCUUCUCCCACCUCCCGCCCGCCGCCGCGCGCUCCCUCCUCGCGCUCGGCCUCUCCUCCCGCAAGAACCUCUGCGUCCACCCGCAGGCGUCCGCCUCCGCCGCGCGCGACUCCGUCGACACCGCCUGCCGCCGCCUCACCGCGUCCUGGGUCCGGGAGAAGGCCGCCUCCGACCCGGAGUCCACCCCGCUCUGCGAGUACUUCGAGACAUUCGACCGCGCCGCUGCCGCCGGCGACCUCGCCUCCUUCAUGCCGCCCGGGGUCUACACCCUCGCCGACCUCCGCUCGCUCGGCCGCGAGCGCCGGAUAUGCCCCUACUACCUCGCCAGGCAGAUGGUCAAGUACGCCAAUGUGGUGGUCUACAGCUACCAAUACCUGCUCGACCCCAAGGUGGCCAGCAUCGUGUCCCGGGAGAUGCAGAAGGAGUGCGUGGUCGUCUUCGAUGAGGCGCACAACAUCGACAACGUCUGCAUCGAGGCGCUCAGCGUCAGCAUCCGCAAGCAGACGCUCGAAGGGGCCGAGCGAAACCUGCGGCGCAUCGAUCAAGAGAUUGAUAGGUUCAAGGCCACCGAUGCCAAUAGGCUUCGUGCUGAAUACAAUCGACUUGUGGAUGGAUUGGCACAGAGGGGAAAUCUGCCAAUAUCGGAUGCUUGGCUUGCAAAUCCAUCCUUGCCUGAUGACAUCCUGAAGGAGGCUGUGCCUGGAAACAUCAGGAGGGCUGAGCAUUUUCUCGCUGUCUUGCGGAGACUCGUGAGGUUCUUAGAUGGCCGCCUGGAAACGGAGAAUGUUGAGAAUGAGAUGCCUGUUUCCUUUGUUGCUUCAAUACAUUCCCAGGCUGGAAUUGACCAGAGAAUGCUGAGAUUUUGUUAUGACCGCUUACAGUCUCUGCUGCUUACCUUGGAGAUAACCGAUACAGAUGAAUUCAUGCACAUUCAGACCAUCUGUGACUUCGCCACAUUGAUCGGAACUUAUACACGGGGAUUUUCUAUAAUAAUUGAACCCUAUGAUGAUAGAAUGCCUAACGUUCGUGAUCCUGUGAUUCAGCUCAGUUGCCAUGACGCUUCACUCGCAAUACAGCCCGUUUUCGAUCGUUUCCAAACUGUUGUCAUCACUUCAGGAACUCUCAGCCCAAUCGAUCUCUACCCUCGUCUUCUAAAUUUUAAUCCUGUUAUAAGCAGGAGCUUCACAAUGUCCUUAACAAGGGACUGCAUAUGCCCCAUGGUAUUGACACGAGGAAGUGAUCAGCUACCAGUGAGUACGAAGUUUGACAUGCGCAGUGAUCCUGGUGUCGUGAGGAAUUAUGGCCGCCUCUUGCUGGAAAUGGCUUCUGCUGUCCCAGAUGGCAUAGUCUGUUUCUUUGUCAGUUACUCCUAUAUGGAUGGCAUUGUCAACAGCUGGAACGACAUGGGAAUUUUACAGGACAUUAUGCAACACAAGUUGGUGUUCAUUGAAACACCAGAUGUUGUUGAGACAACAUUGGCCCUUGAUAAUUACAGAAAAGCUUGCGAUUGUGGAAGAGGUGCAGUCUUCUUCUCAGUUGCCAGGGGCAAAGUUGCUGAAGGUAUUGAUUUUGAUCGACACUAUGGCAGACUUGUGAUUAUGUUUGGUGUUCCGUUCCAGUACACACUCAGCAAGAUAUUGCGUGCUAGGUUGGAGUAUCUAAGAGAAACUUUUCAGAUACAGGAGGGUGAUUUCCUGACAUUUGACGCAUUGAGGCAAGCUGCUCAAUGUGUUGGCCGUGUGAUCCGCUCGAAAGCAGAUUACGGAAUGAUGAUAUUUGCUGACAAACGAUACAGUCGGCAUGACAAACGGUCUAAACUGCCGGGGUGGAUACUGUCACACCUGCACGAUGCGCACCUAAAUCUGAGCACUGAUAUGGCUCUGCAUACUGCCCGUGAGUUCCUCCGGAGGAUGGCCCAGCCAUACGACAAGGCGGGGAGCGGCGGGCAGAAGACCCUCCUGACCGAGGAGGACUUGCAGGACAUGGGUCGGGACGCCAUGGAGAUGUGAGACCGAGAGAGUUCUUUGUGGUCUGUAGACUGUAGUAGUACACAUAAAAGCCAGGUUGCUGAUGUAGAAAUUCUUGUUGCUACUCGUAUGAUCAUAAUUUGAAUUUGUAGGCUGUGCUUUACAGGAAUCUGUUGCCUCGAACGUCAGUUGAGUAGCUGCAACCCUGAUUCUAUACCAUCGGUUCGAAAGAAUAUUCUGAAUA